CAAGAGGCACAGCUCCUGGUUUUGACCACUCUAUAUUUUACAAGUCAAAUCCCAGCCCACAGAAAUUUUAUCCAUCCCAAAAAACAAAGUUUAGUUUUUCUUUUGCUCCUCCCACAUUCUCUCUCUAACUACAUAUAAAUAUAUCAUGUACACACAUUAAAUUACAUGCAUAAGUAUACCAAACGUAUCUCCACAACAAGUUGAUUAAGGGGUUCCAAAGUUGAUUAUAUUAGCAGUGCAAAUCAAUAUGGGCCGUUGGAUUAAGCCUGAUGUAUAUCCGCUAGUGGCUGCGAUGACCUUCGUGACGGGCAUGUGUUUGUUUCAGCUCACCAGGAACAUGUUCUUGAAUCCUGAUGUUAGGAUCAAUAAAUUGCACCGCACGACUGCGGUCCUCGACAAUGCCGACGAAGGCCAGAAAUACAGCCAGCAUGCCCUCCGCCGCUUCCUCAGCAGCCGCCCGCCCGAAGUCAUGCCCGCGAUCAACCAUUUCUUCUCCCGGACCGAUAAAUAAACAUGUUUAAUGUUAAAAAUAUAAUAAUCAGCAUUUCUAUGUAUUAAUUAAUUACACACUUGUACAGAUUUGAAACGUUAUAUAUGUCAUGUCAUACAAAUAAGAAUUAUGUGGUUGAAUUUGUCUAUAAAAAGAUAAUCAAUUAGUGUGU